AUGAUAAAAAUUUUGGGUCCGGAAGAGUUGAAAUUUUUAUAUCUUUUUAAUACUAUUCAUAGAAAAGUGAAAGAUCAAUUUGAAAACAUGUCAGAAGAUGUGAAUUGUAGUAGGAAAUUAGAUUAUAAAUAUCGUCCCAAAAUUAAUGAUCAGGAAAAAAGAAGGCUUGAACUAUUACAAAAUCAAAAAAGAAAAAGAGAAAAUGUUUUAAAUGAAUUUAGAAAUAUUUCUGACACUGUAUUUAAUGAUAUAAAUGAAAGCUCAUUAGAAGACAUAUCUUUCGAUAAGUCAAUGGAAUGGACAGAAACAAAAUCAACAACACCAAAGUUAAAAAAAUUAUUUAUGUUUUCCGAGUGGAUGGUAAAAGUACCUGAUAAUUUAGAAGAUAAAUGGCUCUUUGUACUUUGUCCAGUCGGAAAAAGAUGUUUAGUGAGAUGUUCAAAGGGCUGUACAAUUGCUUAUGGGAAAAAAGGCCAACAGUUGGCUAAAUUUCAAUCCGCUCUACCAAACGGUAGUCAUAAAGAUUAUGAAAAAACUAAAUACUCAAAUUCGGAAGUAACUAUAUUAGAUUGUAUAUGGGAUUCACAAUCUAAAACAUAUUAUAUUUUAGAUAUACUAAGCUGGAAAGGACAAUUUUACAUGGACACAGAGACCAGCUUUAGAGUUUUUUGGAUCAGGUCUAAAAUAAAGGAAAUGCCUUGGAUUUCGGAAAGGUCAGAAUAUAAUUCAUUUCCAUUUUUCGCAUUGGAAUAUCAUCCUUUUAAUAUUGUGACAUUAUCAACGAUAUUAGCCAAUGAUUCACAUUUUUCAUCUGAUUAUUUAGAAGUAGAUGGAAUUUUAUUUUAUCAUAGUGAAGCAUAUUAUACUCCAGGAUCGACUCCUUUGGUAGUUUGGAUCAAACCUUUCAUGAUUCCCGAAAUAUUCGGUAUUAACAUCUCCGAAUAUCAUAUGGCUUUGAAGCCUGACUGUUAUAUAGAUAUGAAUCAUUAUAUAUGUGAUUUUGAAUUUAAAGAAAAACAAAAAAAAAAGAAAAAAUAUCAUUCUUCUAAAAAAGAAUUAAUGGAUACUGGAGAACAAUUAAAUAAUACGGAGAUUGAAAUGUUGGAACAGUAA